AAGGGGACGGCGGUCCCAGCCGCCCCGGGGCUUUGAGCCUCCAGCGAGCGCUCCCUUGGGAUGCGGCCCUGCUGUUCCGGGUGGGAGGGCAAAGGUGCUCGCCUGUGGGACUGAGAGAGGGACCUGCUCGACCUUGACCGUCGGGGUCACUUUCCCAGCUCUGGGAUCUGGCCUCGCUCGCCAUCCCUCCAAAUCCCCAAGCCCCUUUCUUUCUGUUACUUUUUUUUCUGGGGCGCUUUUGUGUCCUCAAGGCUGGAAUGAACUUGGGGCGCUGCUCUUGCAGCGGGGCGCUGUCUCUGGCUUCUCGAACUGCAUCCUGUCCCGGCGGCGGCCGCUUGAGAGUGAUGAGUACAGAGCGGUAGAGCAGGUCGUGCCGGAGAUGGAAAUCGGAAAGCCUGUUGUUUCAUCUCCCAAGAACCCAUUGUAAGAGCCAGUCAAUCCUGUGGAAAAUGGCCUUCAGUGAUCUUACAGCUAGGACUGUGCGUCUUUAUGAUAAUUGGAUCAAAGAUGCUGAUCCAAGAGUUGAAGACUGGCUGCUCAUGUCCUCGCCUCUGCCACAAACCAUCAUCCUGGGACUCUAUGUCUAUUUUGUCACUUCUCUGGGACCAAAGUUCAUGGAGAAUCGAAAGCCCUUUGAACUCAAGAAAGCGAUGAUAACAUACAAUUUUUUCAUAGUACUCUUUUCUAUGUAUAUAUGUUAUGAGUUUGUGAUGUCUGGCUGGGGUACAGGUUAUUCGUUUCGAUGUGAAAUUGUUGACUAUUCACAGUCACCUACUGCACUGAGGAUGGUACGCACCUGCUGGCUUUAUUACUUCUCCAAAUUUAUUGAGCUAUUAGAUACUAUCUUUUUUGUUCUGCGUAAGAAAAAUAGUCAAGUGACUUUCCUGCAUGUCUUCCAUCAUACCAUCAUGCCAUGGACCUGGUGGUUUGGAGUCAAAUUUGCUGCAGGUGGUUUGGGGACGUUCCACGCCUUUAUAAAUACAGCUGUACAUGUAGUCAUGUAUUGCUACUAUGGACUGUGUGCAUUGGGACCAGCCUACCAGAAAUACUUGUGGUGGAAAAAAUAUCUGACGACAUUACAGCUUGUCCAGUUUGUUAUUGUCACCAUCCACAUAGGUCAGUUCUUUUUCAUGGAGGAUUGCAAGUACCAGUAUCCAGUCUUUCUGUACAUCAUUAUGAGUUAUGGGUGCAUCUUUCUUCUGCUCUUCCUUCAUUUUUGGUACUGUGCUUACACCAAAGGUCAGAGGCUACCCAAAGCUGUGAAAAAUGGAAUCGGCAAAAACAAAGACCACUGAAACUCAAGCACAACAUAAGUCUAUGAAUAAGACUGAUAUCUUGUCUUCCUUGACAAUCAAGAGAUAUUUCCAUGUUCAGUGCAUUUUGCAUAUUUUUCAAAACCAAGAGCUUGUAUUUUUAUGAUAAGUUAUUGGGAUUUCUGAUAUUUGAGAGCCCAAAGCUCCUAGAAAACACAGUCUUCUGAUAAUUAGGGCCUAAAGCAGCCAGUUUUUCAGCUGCUUUUAAACCUAAUCUAAAGGUUUUGUUGAAUGAAUUUUUUUUUAGAAUGAAAAAAGGAUGUGAAACAGUACAGUAAUCUUCAAAGAAGUCCGGUAUAGAUGAAAAAUAUCAUUAGAUAUUUUGAGCACGGACAGAGAUCCAUGCCGUACAGUAGAUUCCUUCUGCCAUGUCUGGAAACCUCUAACUGUGGGAUCUGGCUUUGUUGCUCAUUGACUAUAUUCAGAAGACAUUAUAUUUAUUCCAAAGUUAAAUUCCCAUUCUAAAAAGCUAACAUGGGUAAGCGUUAAGUGAAUUUUUGAUCAGUUAUCAUUUAAAAUCACUAACAAUAAUUUUUGAUGGAUCUCUUGAGUAGUUGGCACCAGCUUUGCUUGUAAGACUUUCUCACAACACUUUCAUUGUGUGAACUGUUUAAAAGUAGCAAUGCUUUAGGUUAGUACAUUGAUGCACUUGAAACUAAAUAUUUUGGAAACAAGGUGAUUUGUUCUGAGGGCUUAAUGAACACUUUACUAUUAUUCCUUUGCAAUGAACUUCGUGUAGUUCGGGAAAGAGGUGAAUUUGUCAGUGGAAAACAUAUUCCAAUCCUACUGCACAGGAAACUAUAUCUGGUCACUUGUGAUGGAGUAUAAUGUGAGAAAAAGAAUGUAUAUAUGACUGGGUCACUUUGCUGUACAGCAGAAAUUGACAGAACAAUGUAAAUCAACUAUAAUUGAAAAAAUAAAAACCUAGGGGGAGAAAACAAUAUUCCAUAGUUCAGUGGGAAAAAAUCUGUUGUUUGUAGUAUUGUAAUGUCACUUUCUCAUAUUGUCAUGGUUUAAAGGAUUAUCUUGGUUAAAUAUAUUUUUGUUAUUUGUAUAAAUAUUCAUACAUUAGCACACAUUAAAUGAUUUUAUUCCACCAUUAUAUACAGUUUCCCAGAGAUGGGUUAAGAGUGGCUUGUGAACCAACUGGAGGCAAGUAGUGGCCCAGAGACUGUCUAGGGAAGAUUUGGUGAUGUGGGUCUCUCCCAUAAAGAGCAAGCAAGAGAAACUGCACAAUAGUUAGUGUUAUAAAUUCACUACAUGGAAAAAUAUGUUCCAGAAUUAUGAAUUAAUUAAAAUUCCAGAUUUUUUUGAACUUAUGAACUAUGUAAUAGAAGGACUGAAAUUCAUUUUGCAUAGCUUUUGUUUCUUUGAAAAUGCUCUUCUCAUAUUUUCUUAUUGGAGAAUUCAACUAGUUUUGUCCAAGAAACAGCAAUAUUUGGACCUUUCUGAAUUUUUCCUUAGUGCUUUUUUCUUGUUAUAUUUAUCCUUGAUUUUGAAGGAUUGCUUAUGCUUGUAUGACAUUAAGCAAUUAGUACCCCAGUAGCUGUAUAACACACAGUUAUACUUAUUGUACAGCAAAAAAACCUGAGUGUUUACUACCUACACUCCUAGCAUUAGGUGUCUCCUUCCUAAUCCAUUCAUCUGUACCAUGGCCUUUUCUCCUCACACUCACUGCAUUCAUAAAAUUAUUUGCCUUUAAGUGACCUUUAGUGAUUUCACUUGCAAAUGGUAUGAGAAGAUGAGAGUUGAUAAAUGGGGAGAAUUUCAUUUUUAAAAAAUAAAUAAUGGGAGUUCCCAUCAUGGAUCAGCAGUUAACGAACCUGACUAGUAUCCAUGAGGACAUGGGUUCAAUCCCUGGCCUUGCUUAGCAGGUUAAGGAUCUGGUGGUGCUGUGGCUGUGGUGUAGGCUGGCCUGUGAACCUCCAUAUACCACAGGUGUGGUCCUAAAAAGACAAAAAAAAGAAGAAGAAAGAAAUAAUAAAGAACAGGGGAGCAAAGCUGAAAGAAACAUAGCUCUAAAUUAUUUCUCUGCGAGAGUGUCAGGAUUCCCUACAUGUUUUCCUGUUUUGACUCUUCAAGUCGAGCCUGUGCUAAAAUGAGGAGGUAUGGUAGAUGCUAUUACACCUAUGCACAAUUCCCAAAGACCCCAGUAGGGCAAAGAACAAAAGGAAGCAAAAAUUAAAGAGGAUAAAACAGGAGAAUUUGAUUUCUUCUUUGGCAUACUUUGGCCUGCACUGUACAACCUUUCCUCGCCUCCCUGUGGUCUUUAAAGUGUUGACAUUCCUAUGAACUAACAACAAUAUUGCGAUGGAACCACAUUCCACACUAUAUGAAUAGGAGUAGAGAGCUAAAAUAUUCAUGAAGAGAAGGCGCAGCUGGCAGAAGUAACCUCCACAUAAAUAUCAGUAUAGCAGAAUGGGUACCAUUGGACGUGGGACUGGAUGGGCCUUGUUUUAUUAAAGGGCUGGGUGGGUCACAGAGAGUUUUUUUUGGUUUCAUCCCACUUUUCAGGACUUCAUUGCCUUUGGGUUUGCUUACCUAAUAAAUAAAAAGCCCAGCUACAAAAUCUGAUUUAGGAUAUAAAGCUCUAUGAAUCCUUUAGAAUCUGUCUAUAUUAUAAGCAAAUACAAAUGUAAGAUUUUAAAUAUCUGUAGAACAUUGACAUUUUAGUCUUGAUUGAGUAGAAUUCAUAACUGAGCAUACUACAUUGUGACAUAAAUUAUAAGGUUACAUUUUUUCAAUUAUCCCUUAUUUCUGUCAAAUUUUUAAAGAUUGUGGAAAACUUCAUGGAUAUUGUCAAAGCUUGGGUUUGGUUUUUGUCUGUGUAUUACAAUAAAUUUGUGGUAUUACAUGUA